CAUCUCUGUGGUCCAUACACGUAAUACGCUUCCUGCGGUCCCGGGUAAUGAAAAGAACUACAAAUUCCAUCAACGGCUGUUGUCCAUCAGAUAUAGCAUGGCAAAUAUUGACCGUUGAUCGACUAAUGGCUCUCAAAAAUCUUGGAAACAGAACUGCAAAAGGGUGA